AUGGGCUCGAACUCCAAAACGACUUAUAGUUUAGAGUUUGGGAAACUCAUAAUAAAUGACAAACAAAGCAAAAAUGAUAUCGAAUUGAAAGCAAACCAUAAAACAAAAGAUGAAGAAGUAUUGGUCACAACCUUCUUGAAGACUGACAUCUCGAGUGUCAACCGAAUCGAUAAAAGCGCUAAAAUAGUGUUCAGUCGCGACCCUCGAGGCGAACACAAUUACGGUGUCGUCAAUGAGUUGGCGAACGACCAAAAAUAUAAUUGUUGA